UGAAAAAAUAUGCAAUGUCAAUAAAUAAGGUAAUAUUCUACAUGUGUUUUUAAUGCUUUUCCAGAAAACGUGUUUUAUUGAGUCAAAGGUCUUGCCCUUUCAUUCCUUCGUAUCCCCAUUCGUUUUCCUCUUUCACCCCCUGUGGUUUUCCUCUGGGUGAAACCGGACAUGGGUUCUCGUUAUUAGUCUGGCUCCUCCCUCUCUUUGACUCGAGCUGUUUUUCCUCCCUCCCACUUAUGAGGAGAGCUCGGCUGUGUGCGUUAAUCCCGGAUUGCACUGCCCUGCCGUCUGCAUCCCGUUGUUGCUGGGAGAGCAUGGCACGGCUCCAGGACCCCUGUGCUCACACCAGAGAGAAGUGAACGUAAAACGGGGAGAGACAGGGAGAGAGAGAGUAAAAAAAAAAAAAAAAAAAGAGCUGCAGUUGGGCUGUUUUACGACUGUCACAGCUGGUUGAGCGCUGUGCUGCACUCAGAGUUAUUGAGUUUUGGCCACAUACUCUCUCAUACUACAGGAGAGGAAAAGGAGAAGAAUGGCAGGCUGUUUGUUGCAGUGUUGGGUGAAAAUUUAAAACAAGGGAACCUUGGUGACCUUCUGGCUUUCACAGCACUUUACUGCCUUCUUCUACGCAUUGCAUCUGCCUUUCUCCUCAUUUUUUGAAAGGAUUUAACUUUUUGAUUUUGUAAUUUUUUUUUACUUCAUCUCUUGCUGUCUCAUCUGGAACUCUGUCUGACAUGGAGUCCCCCACCAAAGAGAUCGAGGAGUUUGAAAGUACUGCUCUGAAGUACCUACAGCCGGAACAAAUAGAGAAGAUUUGGCUCAGGCUCCGUGGACUGCGCAAAUACAAGAAGACGUCCCAGAGAUUACGAUGUCUGGUGAAGCAACUGGAGAGAGGAGAAGCUUCCCUUGCUGACCUCAAGAAAAACCUGGAGUAUGCAGCAUCGGUGCUCGAAUCGGUUUACAUUGAGGAGACAAGCUGGCGAUUGGUGGACACAGAAGAUGAGCUCAGUGACAUCCAGUCAGAGUCUGUGCCUUCGGAGGUGCGAGACUGGCUGGCCUCCACCUUCACCAGGCAGAUGGGCCUAAUGCUCCGGCGAAAUGAAGAAAAGCCCCGUUUCCGGAGCAUCGUCCACGCCGUGCAGGCUGGAAUUUUUGUCGAGAGGAUGUACCGACGCACCUCCAAUAUGGUGGGACUCAGCUACCCUGCAUCUGUCAUAUCUGUUCUUAAGAAUGUUGACAAAUGGUCGUUUGAUGUGUUUGCCCUAAAUGAGGCCAGCGGGGAUCACGCUCUUAAAUUUAUAUUCUAUGAGUUGCUCACAAGAUAUGAUCUCAUAAGCCGCUUCAAGAUUCCGAUCUCUGCGGUGGUGUCAUUCGUGGAAGCCCUGGAAGUGGGAUAUAGCAAACAUAAAAAUCCCUACCACAACCUGAUCCAUGCUGCUGAUGUAACCCAGACUGUACACUACCUGCUUCUCAAAACUGGCAUGGUGCAUUGGUUGACUGAACUAGAGAUCUUCGCCAUGAUCUUUGCGGCUGCGGUGCACGACUACGAGCACACAGGGACCACAAACAACUUCCAUAUCCAGACAAGGUCAGACACAGCCAUCCUCUACAACGAUCGCUCAGUGUUGGAGAGUCAUCACGUCAGCGCAGCCUAUCGCCUACUGCAGGACGACGAUGAAAUGAACAUCCUCUACAACCUCUCCAAGGAUGACUGGAGAGAGCUGCGUGCUUUGGUGAUCGAGAUGGUGUUGGCUACUGAUAUGUCUUGUCACUUCCAGCAGGUUAAAGCCAUGAAGAAUUAUCUACAGCAACCUGAAGGCAUCGACAAGCCUAAGGCUCUCUCCCUACUUCUCCACACAGCUGACAUCAGCCAUCCAGCCAAAAGUUGGGACCUGCACCACCGAUGGACCACUUCUUUACUUGAGGAGUUCUUCAGACAGGGGGACAAAGAAGCCGAACUAGGCCUGCCAUUCUCUCCACUGUGUGACAGAAAGUCGACGUUGGUUGCACAGUCUCAGAUUGGGUUCAUAGACUUCAUCGUGGUUCCCACCUUCACUGUGCUGACUGACAUGAUGGAGCGCAUUGUCACUCCGCUCAUCGACGAGGCCUCCCACUCUGGUCUUUCUACCUUUAGACGCUCAAGUCUAAACAGUAUUAGCUCAGAUGAAACCAAGAGGCACAGCGUGAAGAGCAUGGGAUCUGACAGCAGCUCGUCUGGCCAAAGCUCCCUUCUGACGGUGGACAUUAAAAACUUCAAGGCCUUGUGGAAUGAGGAAGUUUAUCAGAACAGGGAAAGAUGGAAAGCCCAGGCUACCAAAGAAGCGGAAGAGAGAGCUAAAAAGGAAGCAGAAGAGCGAGCUCAGCAGGAGGAAGCUAUGGAACCGCAGGAGGUCCAGACAGAGUCUGCAUACCCUGAACAGAAGGAGAACAAAUCGGACAGCAAGGUGCCAGAGUCAGCAGAGGUCAGCAGAUCACCAGAUGGAAACACAGGGGAACCAAAGGAGGCGAACCCUCUUGAGAACAUGUCACACCAGAGUCCCCUGCUGCAGAACGGUGAGUUGUCAGAGGGGGGUGAAUCUCCUGAUGGUGAAGAAAACAAGAACAAAGGAAUGAGUGAGGCAGUGAUGGAAUAACAGAGAAGAGGAGCAUCAUGGCUACACUGAUUCUGCCCUGUUGCUGUUUAAAGGUUGAAGUUGGACUCUGCUGCCCUCUACAGACGACUGAAAAACUGACACCUUUGCUUCCUUUUUGUUUAUGUCUUUGCAUUUCAACAGCUUCUAUCACAUGUAUAAUGUUUUCGCCAUUUAUAAACAGUAAGGUGCAUUAUUCCUUCUUUCCUGCUUUUUUUUUUUUUAAUAAUAAUAAUAAAAAAAUAAUAAUGAAGAGGUUUAUUUCCAUCCAGUGGCUAUAACAGUGUCAAACUAGUUUGUUUUUUUUUUGUGGUAGUUUGGGCAGUGUUCUUUUAUUUUCCUUUUUAUUGCAUUUUUUAACUCAACUCUUGUAGCUGUUUUAAAAGUCCCACUUCCACAUCUUGGAUACAUCUAUAUUAGAUUUAUUUGUUGGGAGAUGGGAGUUAAGAGAUUUGUUGCGACUUACUACCAAAUAUGCAGAAUAGAUGCAUAUCUAGAGGGACUUCUACAAUGCCUAUACUGCAUGUAGAUUAUAUGUCUGUACAGUAAUUUGAGAUUCUUGCCACAGGUCUUCAGCACUACUGUUUUAUUACCAAGUACUCCUUAAAUAAAUCUAGACUAACUUAGAAAACAAUUUUCCUUUGAGUGCUCCUUAUGGUUGCUAAAGCCACAAAAAGAAAAUAUUUUGUGUGUUUACUUUCUUUAACUUUUUUGCAAUUAAAUGCAUUUGUAUUCUUUACAGCCAGGUGCAAAUGGUUUUAUUUUUUCCUAUGUUUUUCUUUUCUGUACAUAUAUAAAUGUUUAUUAAUGGUUGAAUAUGGAACAGAAAUCCAUCAGCCGUCCAGUGAGGGAAAUAUUUUUGAGAUAAAAUGUAAGAUAUUUGUGGAAAAAAAUAAAAGUCCAAAAAUUAGAAAGCAGCUUUUUGCAAUUUUAACAUAUCACACGCUCAGAUGCAUUCAAGUUUGUUUUUGUUUUUUUUGUAAAUACAAUGUUUUUGUUCAUCUUUUUGAAAACAUAUUUGUUUUGCAUUAAUUUCCUGUACAAUUUAUGCACUAUUUCUGUCUAAUAUUGUCACAUUGUGUGUUUACUUGAUGCCUUCUGAUGUGUUUUGAAGCUGUAGCAAGAGCUCAACAUUGUUGCUAACAAUUUUUUCAGUGUUCAUUUUUGCUUUUAUUCCACAGAGCAGUUUUGUCCAAACAGCUUCCCCUUCUUGGUCGCUGGUGUGACAUUCAAUCAGCGUGUUUACAGUGUGCCCAUACGCCACUUAGGCUGCCGAAACUUUCACGCUUCUGCGACGCAUCUGAGGCGUAUCUGUCCAAAGCGUGUCUGCUUCUCUUUGCCAGGAUUUCAAGGCCUGUAAUGUUGUAUAUAAAAAAUGUACUUAUUGCGCACUUUGCAUAUGUACCAUAUUGGACACGUGGGUCAGUUUUCACUUUAUGCAGUGCCUAGCAAAGGUAUUUAUGAUUUGUAUAAGGUUUAUGUUGUGUUGGAACCACAAACAUUUAUUUGUUUUAUUUGGAUUUGUUGUGACAGAGUAAUGCAUAGCUGUGAAGAAAACAAUUUUUCAACGUUUUCUUCAUAUAUUUGUAUCUGAAAACUGGGCACAUAAAUCCUGCCCUGAAUCACCAUUUUGUACAGCCAUUAUUGGCUGCUAUUACAGCAACUCACUAAGAGUAAAUCAAGAGCAUUUGCCUUGUGUUUAACUUGACUCAUGUACUCAUCACCUCUGACUAGCUUCCCUUUCGCUGCUGAGCAGAAGCAUGAUGCUGCCCUCUCCAUUUGUCACAUUGGAGAUGCUGUGUUCAUGGUGAAGAUUGCAUGAAGGCCAAAUAUAUAUAUAUAUAUAUAUUUUUUUUUUUCCCAAUGUGUUUUAGGCAAAUUAAAACUGCUGCUGUUAUAGCUUUCUUUAUGAUGAUGGAUUCUGUGAAUGCUCUGUGAGAUGUUACAAACUUUUAUAUCCCAGCCCUGCUUUAAAUUUCUCCACGAUUUCAUCACAAGCCUUUCAACUACAUCCCUUGGUCUAUGAGACCCUCAUAGAAGAGCUGGAUUUGUACUGAAAAUAAAUUACACACGGAUUGACUCUAAUUAGGCCACUUUCUGAAGGCAGUGGUUUGCACUGGGGUUUCAGUCAUUUUCUUCCCACUUCAAAAAUAUUGCUCUAUAUCAUAUAAAAUUCCUUUAUAAUACAUUGAAGUUUGUGGUUGUAACACAACAAAAUGUGAAAAAGUUUUAAGUCGGUACCUUUGUAAUGCACUGUGCUCAGCACAUUAAUUUGCAGAAGAGAAAAGACACAUCUGGGCAGUAUUUGCUAAGUGAUGGAUGUUAUUUUCCUUAAACCUCAAAGUUUUUUUCUAUGAAAUUAACCACAUAUAUUGUGUGAAGUUUAAGUUUUAGAAGGUACCUGUGUAUAUUAUAUUGUACCACAUAGUUAUAUCCAAACGUCUGAGAGGAUUGAACAUUUAAAGAAAUUAUGAAAACGUAUAUCAAAAGUGAGGGAAAGAUUGUUUUUGUAUCCAUGUUGUUUUUUAUAACCAGCUUCUGAUGGGUUAGAGCAGUUUCUCAUGCACUGAAACCAUAUGCUACUUUCCAUCGAAAAGAUGCAGUCAGUGGUUAGCAAGCCAGCUGGCUGAAUGUGUGCCUCUAUCUGUACUUUCCAUGUCACAAGUAACACCUGUAAACGUGUUCAGUGAUGUCGUUAAAACCUGCGCUGAUCCCGGUGCAGCUGAACCGCUAGUCGAGUUCUCCUUACAAUUUUUCACACUUAGGAUUCAGCCGAGACUAUCUUGUUUUUAAUGUUGCAGAAUAUAGUAUUUUUAAAGCUAGAUAUUGCGCUAUAUUUUGCUCACUUUCAUUCAGAGAAGUCUAUUUUAUAGCUAGGCGGUGUGGCGUAGUGUCUGUUUUUCAGUUUUAUUCUACUGUUUUAGCCUUUUUAUCAGUCCUUUUGUUUUAUCCAUUGUCUCCCCUGUGUGUUUGUCUACCUUGUUUUUCUUCACCAGCGCUGAAGUCAGAAAAAGAAAAAUUUAAACUGUUAAUGUAACGUGCAACAAUCUUUAAAUAUUAGAAAUAAAAACAUAAUUGUAAUAGGCUGCCUGACGCUUGGUAAAGCAGAAUAUAUUUUCUGGACCAAGAGACCAACACAUGUACAGACUUGUAGUUUUUGCUCUACGUUCUUCUAGCUACUGUGAUAGCCUAUAAUAUAUAAACAUUUAACAGGACAUUAUACCGACCACCAUAGGAACAUAGCUGUAUUGCUGAUCUGUAAAGACUUCUUAAUAUGGUGUUUUGUUCUGGUUACAAUCAGUCUGUUUAAUGCUUUGUUUCCCUGUUUUGUCUCUCUGUAACAACUGAUCUCAGCAACCAGUGAUCUAAUGACUGAGAAUAGAUGGAUGUAAUGCGUGGAUGCGUGUGUGUGUGUGCUGCAAAAAUACUUAACGUGCAUUUCUGAUCUCCUCACUGUGACCUGCUCUGUCAAUGAGUGUGAUUAGAUGAGUGGCUGUGAGAGAAAGAGGAUUAAACAAAGAGAUGCAGUGGACUGCUUAAAUCUGACCAAACAACCCAUUUAAGAUACAACAGUGAUGGGUUUUAGAUAACCCAAUUGGCUGACGACGUUGAUCUGUUUUGGUUCAUAAAACUGUAGCAACACAAUAAUCAUAAUUGAAGAUCACAGCUGCAACAUGCUAGCGUACAGAAGUUGAUGAAUUGUUUUAAAAGCUGGUAAUAAUUCUCCUCUGCCUCUCUUCUGUGGACAGAAUGAAGAGAAGCGUGUGAGUGUGAGCGCACGUGCAUGUGUGUGUCACUGUCCCAAGCUGGCCAGGCGGCCGUGUGUGCCACCAUGCUCUGUGACUGCACAGCCGUAUCAAUAAAUCUGAACUCAAAGGGCUCA